AUGCUUCCACAGUUGCUGGACAUCUCCAUGGACAUAGCAGAGGACCGUAAUACUGGCCAGGACAGAGCUCUAGCUGUGGAGAUGUGCACCUGUCCUAGAGGGUACAAGGGCUUGUCUUGUGAGGACUGUGCCCAGGGCUAUACUAGAACCAGAGGUGGUCUGUACCUUGGUCUGUGUGAACCAUGUCAAUGUAAUGGACAUUCCAAUGAUUGUGACCCAGAGAAUGGAGUUUGCAGGAUACGACCCCAGUUUUCCAGUGAUGGCAGCCAUAACUUCAUGCUGACCAACAGUAGACUGUCACGCCAAAUCACAGACGGCUUUGUGGUCAGCGGACAGGAAAUCACAUUCAACCAAUUUAAUGAUGUGCAAAGAGAGCGAGAAAGUCUGUUCUUCCAUCUUCCUCCUCGGUUCAGAGGAGAUCAGACUCUUUCCUAUGGCAACAAACUGAAGUUUUUCCUGUCAUACAGUGUGGCCCAGGAUGCAGGCAGAUCCAUUAAUGAUGUGGACUUGGAGCUGAUUAGUGGAGAAAUGCGUCUGUACCAUCUAUUCCGUCCAGGUACCAGACCUGAGGAGAGCAGAAGGUUUGAAAUACCUAUGACAGAAUCCAGCUUCAACAGGCGAGACCGCCAGCCCAUCACCAGGAAAGACUUCAUGGCCGUUCUCGCCAAAUUGGACGCCAUCUUGAUCCGUGCUACGUACCACACCCUCAUGGGUCUUGCGACGUUGAGAGAUUUGAGCCUGGACACUGCAGUCCCACAGAACAAUGGUCAGCAACAGGUGCCCAUGGUGGAGGAUUGCUCCUGUCCACAGGGCUACUCUGGCCUCUCUUGUCAGCUGUGUGCCCCUGGCUAUACCAGAAUUGCAGAUCCUAGCUACCCGCUUGGAAGGUGUACGAGAUGUGAAUGUCAUGGGCAUGCCUCUGCCUGCAACGAGGAGACUGGAAUAUGUCUGAACUGCCAACACAAUACGGAGGGUGCGCGCUGUGACCGUUGUAUUGAUGGUUACUAUGGCGAUGCUACCAUAGGAACACCCAAUGACUGUCGACCAUGUCCUUGUCCUCUGACCAUUCCAUCCAACCAGUUCUCCAGGACCUGUCACUUGGACCCUGAUGGUCAAGUCACAUGUGACCAGUGUCCUGUAGGAUAUGUAGGCAGGAACUGUGAAAGAUGUGCUAAUGGAUAUCAGGGCAAUCCACGCCAGGCAGGGAGUAGAUGUACUCCAGUUAUUGUUGUCCCUGAUGUUCAGGUUGUCCCAAAGAGUAUUACGGAGUAUGUGGGCAGCACGGUGCGAUUCGACUGCUCAGCGCGGGGACCAGGAGUUUUCACGGUGCGCUGGACUCGUUCAGGAGGUCUUGCUCUACCCCAAAGAGCCAACGUAGCCAAUGAUAACUCACUGACCAUCCGCGAUGUCCAGCAACCUGACCAGGGAGAGUAUAUUUGUACUGUGUCCACAGUGGACGGAGGGAGUAAGAGUGACACAGCUAGACUGCAAGUCAGAGUCAGAACAGAUAUCAUUGUGGUCCGUGUUGAAGAACCCAAGCAGCAGACAGCGUUGAUUGGAGCAACUAUUCGUUUCAUUUGUUCUGGUAUUAGCCAGAGCACCUACACAAUUGCUUGGACAAAACAGGGUGGUCGUCUGCCAGUUCAGGCCACAGACGAGAAUGGAAUCCUUACCAUCCGCAAUGUCCAGCCUGUGGACUCUGGAGUGUAUAUCUGUACGGGAUCCAAUCUCUUCAGUGUCGAUACGGACGAGGCCAGACUGACAGUGACUGGUGAACAGCCGAAUGUGAGGAUAGAGCCCCGCUAUGCCACUGUAUAUGAAGGGGAAUCUGUGGAGUUCAGAUGUAUCGGAUCCGGCUCACCAACGCCUACCUUGUCCUGGUCUGGGGGACGUUUCAGCCAGGGUGUGGGCACAUUCAGAGGAGGUGUCUUUCGCAUUAACUCUGUGUCCUCUGAGGAUGAGGGUCGCUACACAUGCACAGCAAGGAAUAACGCAGGACAGAGCAGUGUGGAGACAAUACUUUAUGUCAGACAGAGACCAUUGGUGGUAAACAACACAUACGCAGUGAUCAACAACCCGAGAAUCAGGGUAACUGUAGGAGGCAGGGUGGUGCUGCAGUGUUAUAUCAGGAAUAAUGUGGCUGGAACCAUCCGUUGGACCAGAGCCCAGGGAUCUUUGCCCAUUGGUUCCACACAGUCCAAUGGUCAACUGGUCAUCCCUAAUGCCCAGCCAGAUGCAGGUGGAGAAUACAUCUGUGAAGUGGUCACUGACACUGGCAUCCGAGGCAGGAAUAUUGCUAUUGUAGAAGUCAGCGUUGUGGUCGCCCCCCAGAUCACUGUAGAAGCCAGCACAGUCAGAGGUACUGAGGGUUCCUCUGUUAUCCUGAGAUGUAAUGUGGUAGGAACACCGCAGCCUACAGUGACGUGGAGCAGGGUGGGAGGACAGCUGACCAGCAACCACAGGCGUCUAGGCAACACAUUGCAGAUAUUGAGGGCGACCCCACAGGAUGCUGGGACAUACGUAUGCACAGCUGAGAAUCGUGGGGGCACAGCUCAAGCCUCCAUCAGCGUGACAGUGGAGCGAAGUGGCAUUCCACCAAGGAUUGAGAUCUCUCCAUCAUCAGGUCAGGUGAUCAGACCAGAUGGUACUGCCCUCUUUAGGUGCCGCGCAGUGGGAGGCAACCCCCAGCCGUCUAUCAGAUGGACCAGGGCUGGUGGACUGCCAUUCACUGCCAAUACCCGGGUCACCCCUAAUGGAGACCUGCAGUUCUUCCGUAUCACUCAAGCAGAGCAGGGGACCUAUGUUUGUACAGGAUCUAACAGCGCUGGGACUGUUACAGCAAGGGUCUCUGUCACUCUCUCUGGUACAGCACCAUCCAUUGGAAACCUACCAACAGAACCUGUCAGAGUACGUGUUGGCCAACGAGUGGAGUUUGAGUGUACUGCCAGCGGUGACCCAGUGCCAAGUGUCUACUGGCAGACAGAGGAACAACGGCGGAGACCCUCUUCUGUCCAACCUUCCAUUCAGCCUAGGAACACUGCCAUUUUCAAAAUUGAGUCUGUCUCUUUCGCUGAUGCUGGCACAUAUUACUGUAUAGCUUUCAAUGCCGCAGGGAGGUCAGAAGGCAGUGUGCGACUAAUAGUCGAGGGUGGCCGGGAACCACCCAUAGUUGUACCGGGAUCUCUCCAGUCUCGUUAUGAAGUCAACGUUGGAGACAGGAUCACCAUGCGUUGUGUUGCAAGAGGUGACCCACAGCCCCGUUACCAGUGGAUCAAACGAGGUGGUUUGUUGCCACAGCAACACUCUCUUGUAAAUGGUGUGCUUGAGCUGCGUAACAUCAGGCUGGAGGAUGCUGGGAAUUAUGUCUGUAUUGCCUCUAAUCAGUGGGGUCGUGCAGAGCACACGGUGGAACUCAUUGUAGCAGGACGUCCUCAAGUGUCACUGACCACCUUUGAUCAGACAUUGCGGACAGGAGACAGGAUGAGGCUGAUUUGCCGAGCUCAGGGAACGCAACCAAUCACAAUUGAAUGGUUUAAGGAUGGUGGUAUCUUGUCGUCAUCAGCCACACAGAGAGAUGGAGUAUUGGAAAUUUUCCCCGUGACCCUGGCUGAUGCAGGACGCUACCGUUGUGUGGCAAGAAACAGGGCCGGAGAAAGUGAUGCCUAUGUCACUGUCAGAGUUAUAAGUGCCCCACAAAUCAUUCCUCCUCCCAGUAAUCGGGUCACUGUGGAUGUAGGUCAGCUUGUUGAACUGCGCUGUGACUUUAGGGGGAACCCACCACCCCGCGUCACCUGGAGUAAAGAGGGAGGAAGCCUGCCUGUGGACCACACUGUCAUGAAUGGAGUGUUGAGAAUUUACAAUCCUCGUGAGGAAGAUGCUGGGCGCUAUAUAUGUACUGCUGUCAAUGAAGCUGGACAGGGAACAUACUACUGGUUUGUUAAUAUUGCAAGGAGAAUCUCUGUGGCCUACCCAGUAUUAGAAUUGGUGAAUGAACGUUAUUCCAUUGGGGCUACUGUCCAGAUAAGGUGUCUACUGAGACCAGGCACUGAUCCUGCUGUGGUUGCAGCAACCAACCUACGCUGGGAGAGGAUAGGUGGUCAGUUACCCCCUGGGACCACCACUUAUGAUGGAGAGCUGGUCAUCACCAAUGUCCAGCCAGAAGAUGCUGGAGAGUAUGUCUGUGUGGCGUCUAAUGUGGCAGGAGUGGCCAAUGCUACGCUUACACUCAGGAUAGAAGGCAUACCAAGCAUCACGGCCCCAGCAGACCCCAAGUACAGUGUAGCACUGGGGAAGUCAGCUACCUUGACCUGUGAAGCUUUCGGUGCCCCACCUCUGGAUAUCAUGUGGGACAAGAAGGGGGCGGAGCUACCUAGGGAUCGCAAUGUAGACCGUGGCCGCCUGACCAUCAAUAAUGUGAAGACAGAAGACAGUGGUGUGUAUGUAUGCACUGUUAAAAAUCAGUAUGGAACAGCCACACAGGAAUAUCAGCUGCUUGUGCAAGAAUUGGUGCCUUACAUGACCCAGAACCCAAGGUCAUACAUGGGGUUUGAAUCUCUGCGGGAUGCUUACCUGGAGUUUGAUCUGGAAAUCUCUUUCAUACCAGAAGCCACAGAUGGUUUGCUGUUGUACAACGGCAAUGGAGUGUCAGAUUCCGUGGACUUCAUGUCAUUUGGUCUUCGUCAAGCUAAGCCAGAGUUCCGCUUUGACAUGGGAGAUGGCGUGACAGUCAUUCAGGCUGACAGACCCGUGGAACUGGACCAAUGGCACACUGUUCGUAUAGAGAGAUCGUCGAAGAGAGGUACUAUGGUGGUUGAUGGGACCCAGACCUAUACUGGGGUCUCCAGUGGGUCAUUCCAGGGACUUGAUCUCUCAGACAAGCUGUACCUAGGUGGUGUCCCAGAUUUCACACAGAUACCAGAUGGUGCAGGCUUCAAGACAGGCUUUGUGGGUGGUGUCAGUCGCCUUGUCAUCAGGAACAUUCCAGUCAGUCUGGGAGAAGAUGCAUUAGAAUUUGUGGGCAUUGACCCUUAUCCAGUUUGUCGUGACUCGCCAUGUCAAAAUGGAGGGCAGUGUCAGCCAGCAAACACGAGAGUUGGCUACAAGUGCACAUGCCCACGUGGCUUUGCAGGGAGCAACUGUGAAUUGGUGGGAGAAAGGUGUUAUCCAGGUGCCUGUGAGGGUGGACGUUGUAUCAACCUGCCAGGAGACUAUGGUUUCCGAUGUGAGUGCCCUCUGGGGAGAACUGGACAGAACUGUGAAAGAGUGAGCUUUUUUCCUGCCAAGCGGGCAGUGGCUGCAGCCAUUCAAAUCAAGCAGCCAGCCUUCAAUCAGUCUUCAUACGUUGCCUAUGAAACCCUACCUGAUGCCAUACGACAGACAAAAAUGAAGAUGACCUUUAAGCCCCGCAGCUUGGAGGAUGGCAUUCUCCUGUACAAUGGACAGAGAGAGGAUGGGGUUGGUGACUACAUAGCCCUGGCAAUCAAGGAUAGGAAGAUGCAGUUCAGUUUUGAUUCUGGGUCAGGAGCAGCAGUGAUAACUAGUGAGGAUGAGCUUCAGGCAGACCAAUGGACUACAAUUAUAGCAGAGAGAAAUCUAAAAGAUGGCUCACUUAUUGUGAAUAAUGGUGUAGCAGUCAAAGCCUCGGAACCAAAGGAAUCCGGUGGUUUCUUAUUUGGCAUAUUUGGUAACACGGAUGGAGGUACCUCCGAGGGUAACACAGAGGGCCUUAACCUCCGCCUGCCCCUGUAUCUCGGAGGUGUGGAUCCCGAUCGCAUGAUUUCCUCCAGUGUAGGAGUUAAAAGAGGGUUUGAUGGCUGUAUAAGUGAGUUUGAAAUAAAUGACCGUCCCAAGAACCUUGUGACCAAUGUCUUGGACAGUGCCAAUAUCAUGGACUGUGGCACCAAGAAUCCGUGUGAGAUCCGCCCCUGUAAAAAUGGAGGCACCUGCGUCAACCAGAAUGGAGACUAUACAUGUGUUUGUCCUGCUGACUCCACAGGUGCUGACUGUGAGCUUCAACUGAAUGCCUGCACGAGAGGCGAUUCACCAUGCCAGAAUGGGGGAGAGUGUAUACCACUCAAUGGCAUUGCCUUCACAUGCAGGUGCAAACUGGGCUUUAAAGGAACCAAUUGUGAACAGGAGGAGAAAGUUGGCGGCUCCUCCGUCCGUUUCAGUGGCAGUCAGUACGUAAUAUUCUCCAAAGAGCGCCUGCCCCAUUCGGCCACACUGGAAGAGAUGGUCCAGUUCAAAGUGAUGACCAAUGAUUACGAUGGCCUGAUUCUGUGGCAUGGACAGGAGCCGACCACCCUGGGGCAGGGCAGGGAUUAUCUGGCGGUGGGACUUAGAGAUGGACAUAUAGAACUCAGCUAUGAACUAGGCAGUGGUCCAGCUAGCAUAGUAACUUCAGAUAGAGUGAAUGAUGGAAGAAUGCAUACCAUCACAAUAAAAAGACAAGGCAGAAGUGGAGAAAUAUUAGUAGAUGACUUCUCCAUUGUGAAGGGAGAAUCACUUGGACAGUUGAAAAUGUUGAAUGCAGAAGGAGAUAUUUAUGUUGGUGGUGUUCCAGACUUCAGUUACAUGACAGGAGGGAAAUACUUCCAGGGACUCAACGGCUGUUUACGAGACUUAAAAUUCAACCAGGAAGACCCAAUAGACUUUCAGGAGGCAAUAGGUGGAACAAGUGUCAGUCCAUGUAUCUAAAUAAUCUUUAUAUAUAUAUAUACACACAUUACCUAUAUAAGCAACAGGGAUUAUUUUUAUUCUUAUACUUUUUUCAUUUUUAUGGAAGUAAUAACUGAAAAGCAUUUGUACUGACAUGGGCUGUAUCUUUGUACUGAAACUAUUAAGGAAGAGAGUGCUUGGAAAACUUGCAUACAGAAAUGGAACUGCAUCUUAUACUUAAUUGGACCACAGCUUUAAAUUGGAAUGGUCAUACUUUUUCUUGACAUUAUGUACUUAUUGUUUUAUUUUAAAAAAGGAAAAGUUAGAUAUGGACCAGAAAACAAGAACAAGAAAAGAAGUGCCUUCCUGAUGUCAAAUUAAGAAAUAAAAACUCUUGACAAUUGUUCUGUGGACACAUAUACUCUAUGUUUUUUGGCCAGCAUAAGUUAAAUCAAAUGGAAAAAUACUUCUGAAUAGCACUUUGGUCAGUGGGUAGGUUAAAAUCAUAUGUAUAGAGGUUGCCAAGGAUACAAUGCAUUUCCCAAAGUGGCUCCUUCAUCAGAAUUUUUGAACUUUGUAAACCAUUGCAGUCUGCAAGGAGUUAAGUUUUACUUACAUUUGGAAUUGAAGAACAGCGCCUGCAAGCUCAUUAAGAGUUCAGAAUUUCCUAGGCAAAUCUUAUAUCAUCACUGGUUAUGACUUGGAUGGGAAAGGCAGCCAUUUUGCAGAGAGAUUUUUGAUACAAAUGUUCUUAUUGAUGGCACUGUCAGCAUUUUCACUGCAAUUAACCUACAUACACAUGCACACUUAAACCACUCCCAACAUAAGAACCAGAGAUGUAUGAUGUGACCUUUAAUGCAGUAUUAUUAUCAGCUGUCAUUAUCUUGGUUCACAAGCAUUGACAGAUUUCUCAAUUUCUUCAUUUUUCUUCUUAUACACCAUCGUGUAUGAACUUAAGUAAACAGCUUGGGCAAUUUGGACUGUCUUUGCAUGUGGCUGAUUUUCCUGUUCAAGGAUGUGUUCUUGAUAAAGCUAUCAUAAUCAUGGUAUACUUUGUAUAUCUUUAUGUGGUACAUUGUAUCAUACUUUGCUGAUUGGUUUGAUACAUUAAUAUUGUUAUAUACAAUGUGUAAAACUGAAACAGCUUUUGCUGAAGCACUGAAUGAUACAUUGUAGCAUACACUCACUGUUAACUGUGUAUGUCACAGUAAAAUGUACUUUGUCUCACCUAUAGCAAUGUCAUAUUACACUCAAUGUAUUUUAAGUUAGGAUUAUUAUGAACUUACAAAUCACAUUAACAGUACAUAUGAAGUUUUAACUUUGUGAUACAAUCCCGAUAUUUUGUACGUUAUGAAAUGCAGUAAUUAAAAAAAUGCAUACUUUAGAUCGUUCUACUCGGUAUCAUGUGAAUGUUAAAAUUGUUGUAUUUACAUAGCGGUAUACAUGUAUAUUAACCAUUAUACAAUCAAAUAUGCAUACUUGUUGUACACUGUAUUAUUUACACAAAGGUGCCUAAGUAAGAACUAGUUUUCUUUUACAGUGCUUCAUCUUUCACAUUUAGUUAUUUGAUAAUAAAGAUAUUGCAGAUUUAGUGUAAAUAUUUAUCAAAUACACUAAUGUUAGAGACUGGGAAUAUAUUUGCUAGUAGUUAAAUCAUUAUUACUGAAGUAGCUGCAAAUUUGUAUAGUUUUAUAAUGCCCAUGUUUAGGGUCGCAAAGGUCAAACUUUUGACUGUCACCUUGGAGCAAGGUCACAACCUUGCCAUGUAGAGAUUUUGAUAAUAGCCAUAUCACUGCCAUUUGUAGUAAUAUAAGGAAAAGGGAGAGAGGCUCAGAAAUUUGGUUUAAAAGAAAAAAAAUGAACGAACCUUCAUUGAAAAUGUUCAUCAGGUGUGAUGCAAUUAUAUUUUGGAAUAUGAAAAAAGUGGAAUAUCCAACUUUCCACUGUUGUUCAAGAUGAUGGAUGUAAUGUUAAAAGUCCAAUGUUAAUAUAUAAGAGUUCAAGUUUUAAGUUGAAAGAUUUUAGGACUACAUCUGACAAUCAAAAUUAUUGAUUUUGACUUUCAUUAUAUUUAGGGCAAUGAAAAAUAAGAGAGUGAAUGAUGUUGUCAUGUUUGAUAGAUUCAAAAAAGAUUACUAGAAGUUGGUGCUUGGUCACUCUGACAAACAACCAGAUUUGAAAUUAGAUUUGCAGUUUUUCUGCUAGUCAAUUAAAAAAAUUAUCUGGGGUCCUGCUGUUGUUCAGCAUCAAGUCAUCAUUGUUAAUAAACUUUACAUCAAUA